AUGAUGAGCACAGCAGCUUUCAAUCUGCAUGCCAAGUCCAAGGGGCACCAGCAGAGCUUGCAGCUGCUGACCAGUGCCGACACAGCGCCCGAGGGAGGCAAUGCCAUCGCCACGGGGAUCAGCCAAGGGGUCCCGCGCAUCGACAAGUUUAGGCUUGCUGCCACCGUGGUGGGGCGCCGUGACACAUUCAAGGAGUGGUUGAGUAACUGCUGCUGCCACCGGUGGCACGUCUCAUGUUGUGUCCUGCGAAGUUGCAAGAAUCUAAUCUGUUGUGAGGACUUCAAAGCCUAUAUGGAGUGCCUUGGUCAAGGUGACUUCUCAGAGCGAGUGUGCAAGCAAAUGGUGACCUCUAUGGCGCACGUCGUGCACGAGCAAGAUCUCUGCGUUCUGGAAAAGGCCGAGCACUGCUGCCUGGCCUUGGACGAAAGGGAUUCCUGUGUUCUUGUCGCCGCACGAUUCUACUACUCAGGCUUGAAACGCAACAAAUGGCUCCCGCAAUCUGGCCUGUACGACUGCCUCAUCGGCAUUGUCCGAGAUCACGGGCCUGAGAACGUUGCGCAGGCAAUCAUGGAGACUUUGAAAAAAUUCUGCACACGCCGUCGUGGACGUAGAGACAGCAGUGGAACUUGUGGUCCAGAUGACGCGUUGGACGAGGAACUCUUCAAGAAGAUGAAGGACGUCACGAGUGUUGCUGUUGCCGAUGGGGGUCCUGCAGAACAACAAGCUCUCCAGACUUUGGCCAGCAGCGACCUGCCCGAAUUGAAAUUUGUUGUCCGAGAUCGGGCACAUCGAAUGCGGGCAGUUCAAAAACACACCUGGUCGACCAUCAGCAAGAUGUGUGAUGGAUUACUUGACGUCUUUGUCACAGGAGAUGGCUCCAUCGCACGAGUACUAGAAUCGUCUCGCAAGCUGAGUCUAAUCUUUGAGCAGGUGCAGGCCGGAGAAUUUGCCCGAAACCUGAGGAAUUUUGCGUUCGCCCUUCAGAGAUUCGACUCCGCCAGUCUUCCACUCUUCAAGAUCCUCAAAAUGCUGCCGUGCGUGUUCCGCUUCCUGGUGAAGGUUGCUGCCUUGGACGAUGCCGAAGAUGCAUCUUGGGCCCGAGACAAGAUUGUCCGACUGAGCGGGGAUGGCGCUUACAGAAACAUUCUUCGGUGUGCCACGGUGUCCGAUUGUAUGGCUACGUGCCAGAGAUUUCUGCGCCUCUGCGACAAGGCCGAUAAUGAUGCAUUGUGCUCUGGCAGAGAGGCUGCAGAAGUGAUGCACAAUAUGGGUCACCUUUUCAAGGACGGAGCAUUGCUGCAUGCGGCCGGCAGCAUGACUGUGGAGGCCAUGGCGGUCUUGAGGAGCGUGAAUGUCGUCCGCUACCAAGGAGCCCGAUCAGCAGGGCAAAGAGGAGCAAAGCCCGAGCACGUCGCUUAUGUGUGGCGAGAGGACACGACCGAGGCUUCCUUGAAAAAGGACAUGGGCCGAAUCUACAAAGUGAUGACCGCGUACUUUCACCAGAAUUUCCCUCACUGGGAAUACAUGAACAGCCUGGCAUGUUUCGAUCUCCACAGCACAUUGACCAUGGCCCAAAGGCACGAUCUGGUUCUGCGAGUGGCGCAUCAGAAACAGCUGGCGGGGAAGCCUUCGUCCGAUGAGGAGUCCGAAGGCGGCCACGGCUUGUUCGCACGAGCCCUAUGGCAUGCAAAGAACCCGAGCAAACAAUCGUCUAAAACGGCUUGGGUCCGAACUUUGGCCGAGCUACGCAAGUCACAAGUGGCGUCUCGGCCCGAUGCAGUCAAGAUCAUCGCCCACAGCGUCGCGUAUAUGACUUCGACGUGCAACGUCGAACGCUGGCUUCACCAGCUGGCCUUGUCCGAACACAAGUCCCGUGCCCACCACCUGAGCGUCUAUCGCCUGGAAGACGCGGUGAAGCUCAAUGUGCAAUGCAUGGGCGGAACCAGGACGGGCAUGCAGGCCGACGACCUCACAACAACCCCGGGCGAAGCUCUGGCCCGAGGGGUGCAGUGGCAGGCGUCCGACUUUGGCUUGCGAUGCCAGACGGCUUAUCGUGAGUUCUAUGGGGAAAGAGUCCUCCCAGCACGAGGCAUUUUGACUCCGGAAGCCCGGAGCAACAAGCCGAGGCUGGCAGCUCUGAGAAGCUCGUCCGAGAAGUCGCUCAAGAGCCAGAUUGCUGCUCACUCAGCUGCCCUGGACACGUCCACUAGCACGAGCUGCAAGAAAAACCUCAUGAAGGAGUUUGUGGCGGCUGCGACCGAGCUCGUCUCCAGCAAGGACGCCAAUGCGGUGCCCGAAGAAAAGGCCGUGGACAAUGGCAAGGCUCCGAGUGGCUUUGCAGCUUGGCCCGAGGACAGCAAGCCAAUUAUGUCUUUGGCUGACAAGAGCAGCGGGAGCAGCAGCAGCGGCAGCCACAAGCGCAAGAAAACCCCAGUUCCUGAGAUGUCCGAGGCUGGUAAGGACGAGGAAGACAUCAUCGUGGACAAAGUGGUGGCGACCCAAGCAGAGGUUGCCAGAAAGAAGCGGGCGGUGGAGGUGGGUGCAAAGCCGGGUACCGUGCCAGCCUAUGUGCAUCCGACGGGGGCUGUUUUUGGCCCUGUCAAGCUGGCCGAGAAGAGACAGCAGCCCGAGAGGGCAUCAUCAUCCCCAAUGGAAACGCCAGGCGGCAUCAUUAUGGUCCGAAUUGGUCCUGGUGCAGUUUGGCCCGACUCAACCAGCAGCAGGUUCCGGAUAACGCAAGAUUGGGCUGCUACGAGUGUGCUGAUGGUGGACAAUGUGAAUGCGCGUCUCCAGUCCGUAGAUGGCCUGAUGUGCAGGCUCCAUGGCCUCAGCAUUUGUGACAAUGCAUAUAUUGCAACGAGUGGGCGCAAGGGGUCCUGUCUCACCUUUGUCAAAGCACUAGAUUUUACUUAUCAUGUGUACUUGUCCGAGCAGUUUUUGGCCGAAUGCCCUCGACAUGGGGAAGUGUUGCUGGGCCACGGGCAUUUCGAGAAUUGUAAACUCAGGGUUUACCGGGGCUCGAAGCCUGAGAAGCCGAAUCAUCCACGGUUGACGUACGAAGUACGGCCCGAGACAGUGGACAACUUGGCUUCAAAUCAUUUGAACUUGGACGGCCUUCUGAUGAAGCUAGGGGUGUUGCGGCCAGAGUGA